AUGAAUUAUGAUGUGAUUAAGGACUACAUGGGUCGUGCAUGCACCAGGAGGUGCUACAAACAAAAGAAGGGCAAGGAGGACUACGUUUGCUUUGUCAACGCAGACCAUGACUGGGGUUACUGUUCGCCCCAACCAGGCAAAACUAGUAAGAACAAGGUAUGCAAGAGGAACCACCAGUGCGAGAAGCAUGGAGAAGAUCACUACUGGUGCAAAACUGAGGGUGGGUCGUGGGAUUACUGUAGCCCUCUAUCAGAGAGGAGGUCUGGUUCCAGGUGGGUUGACGCUGAUGGGUUCUAUUGCAAGGACAAUUGCGACUACAGGGGGUCUACAUACACCUGGUGCCACAGUGACAACAACCAAGGCUGGGGAUUCUGCUCAAAGAUACAGAAUGUGGCAACCAAUGGGAAAAAGUGCAAGGAUGACAGUCCUUGCAGAAAGGAUGGCACCCACUACUACUUUUGCUACACCGAAGGAGGCGGAUGGGAUUACUGUGGAGAUGUCGAGGAUGGGGGCCCAUGGCUCGUAGAAAAGCGCACUAUUGACCCUCCCUGUGAUUUCUCCAAUCCAUCAUCAAGAGUGGAUUGCGGUUGGUCAGGCAUACUCCAAGCCCAAUGUGAAAGUUUGGGCUGUUGCCAUGAUGCAACCUACAAGGAUCACUAUAACUGCUUCUACAAACAUGUGGACUGUGCAAAGUUGAUCUUCCAUGCUGCUGAUAAUUGGUACACUCUGGAAACAAAUGGUGACUCCAGGACAGGAGUGCAAGCUUGGAGAUAUUCAAAUUUCACUCUAACUGACACCAAUUAUGACCUUAAGAAAGGAGCUGUCUCUGAAUGCUCUGAGAAAGAUUCAGUACUCAAUAGAGAUAUCUACAACCAAGUGGUGCAUAGGUUGACCGAUCAGCAGGGCAACAUGGCAGGCCAGAUCAAAAUCAUCGAACCUAACGAUGAUGGCAAUCCUAUCCAGGCAGUCCACGUGCGACUGCUUGACCAUGUAGGGGCAGAUGGGCAUGUUUCGCGCGUUGAAGCACUUCGGGCUGUAAUACGACAAAGCCAUGUCAACCUAAACAAUCGCGCCGAUUUUCCUUGGAAUACCAAACAAUACAUGCUGGACAAGCUAAAUGGUGAAGCCCAAGAUGAAGUGUUCCGCCUUGUUGAUAGCGAGCUGGGUGGACCACCGGAACUCUACAACAUGAUACCUGGGCACAACUCGGCGCUGUAUAAUUCAGACACAAAAAUCGCCCAUUAA